AUGCCAACAGACAAAGCAACCUACCUAGCAACCCACUACCUAACCGCCGACCCCCCCAAAUCCACCACCACCUCUUCCAGCUCCACCUCCAAAAAACGAAAACGCUCCUCCAAGACAGCCGCCGACCCCGUCGCCCAAAUCAACAACCUCCUCAUCCACGACUCCGAUGACGAAUCCACCUGGGCCAACCCCAACCCAAACCCCGACUCCGACUCCGACGGCGACACCCCCAUGACCAUCGCCGGGCACACCUCUGAAUUCCGCAAGUCCAAGAAAUCCGCCUGGUCCACCGUCGGCACCGCCGUCCUCCCCACCACAGUCAAGAAACGUGACGAUUCCGACAACAUUGCGGAUGCCGUCCUCGCAGCCGCGAAGAAUGAUGCUGCUGCCUUGGGUCAUGACUCUGAUGACAGUUCGGAGGAGGUGGAUGACGACCCAAGACAGGUAAAAAUGUCAAAUGGCAUGCGCCCGGGGUUGCAGUCUGCAAAGUCGAUAACGGAGCAACUUGCCAGAAAGGCAGAGGAGGAGAAGAGAGAGUUGGAGAGGUUGACCAAGGCGAUGGAGGAGGCGAAAAAAGCUAAAGAGGGGAAGGAAGAGGAGGAUGAGGUUGUUUUGCGGGAUGCUACCGGGAGGAGGAUUGAUGUCAGCUUGAGGAGGGCGCAGGCACGAAGGGAGAUGUUGGAGAGGGAAAGGGCUGAACAGGAGAAGGAGGCGCUUUUGAAGGGGGAGGUGCAGGCUAGGGAGGCGGAGAUGAGGAGGGAGAGGUUGGAGGGGGCGAAGUUGAUGACGCUUGCGAGGGGGAAGGAUGAUGAGGGGAUCAAUCGGGAGCAGAGGGAGGAGGGGAGGUGGAACGAUCCCAUGGCGCUGUUUUUGGAGGGGGAUAAGGGAGGGAAGGGGAGGAAGAAAAGGGGUAAGGGGAGGCCGGUGUAUCAAGGGCCGGCGGAACCGAAUCGAUAUGGGAUAAGGCCGGGGUAUAGGUGGGAUGGGGUUGAUAGGGGAAACGGGUGGGAGAAGGAGAGGUUUAGGAUACUGAAUAGGAAGGAGAUGGUGAAGGGGUUGGAGUAUGCUUGGCAGAUGGAUGAGUAG